AUGAUACGGGGGCAUCAAUGGGGUCCUCCCUGCAAUCACGAAUGCACGCACAAGUACUCUACUCUUAUGCAGAUUCCAUGGCGAGUGUUCUGCAAGAAAGGGUGCGACGCUGAUGGAGAGACUUGGGAACAAUGCUUGGAGGAGUGCACUGAGAUAUGUUACAAGGAUCCUGUCUUGAAGGAUCAACAAUGGAGUGCUUGCAUUGACCGUUCUCCUGGAGUUGAAAGGUACUCAGAGGAGUGUUUUCACGCUUGCGUAUCUGGCUGUGGGUACAAGUUUGAUAAACCUCCAGACAUAGCUGAUAAAGUUCGCCCAAACAGGCCACCUAAGCCUCCCCCUGUACCAAAGCCAGCCUCACCACUUGUUGAAUCCAAAGCAACGUCUGAAGACAUACUUGGAACUUCCGCAUAGUCAGAGACAGAGAUCUAGUUAUACAAUAAUAUGAAUACCAACACCAAAGUUAGCUGAAUAGCCUGCAGAAUCCUUUCACAUCAACUAACAUCUGGGUUUCCAUAAUUUUUGACGGGGAAGAAAGCCUUCAAAAUGUGAACUGUAACUGGAUCCCUUUUUAAUCUAUGAAAGAUAAUUCGAUCC